AUGCUGCAGACAAUCACAAUUGAUCAAGUUAAAGAAGCUCUUAAUCAAUUUAAUAGAGGUCAAAAAUACUUGUAUAAUACAUUAACAACAACUAUUAAAGAAAAUCAAACAAAUGAAGGAUGGUUUAUUCAUCUAUUGGAUGAAUUACGUGAUAAUGUUGAUUUAUUUGAAAAUCAGAAUGAACAAUUUCUGGAUUUUCUACAAUUACAAAUCGAUUGGAUGAAAUUAUCAAAAACUGUACUUGAUACAUUCGGAGCAUUUCAAAUUAAUCUUAUUUCAUGCAAUACUAAACAUGCACAACGUUAUUUAAGCUUUCUAUUUACUAUUUUUACAAUCCCCGCUUCAACUCUUUUAAGUCCGGUUGGUGAACAACACUUCCCAUUUAUGACGAAAGACAUUAAUGUUCAAAUAACUUAUGUAAAAAAUUUACUCCGAUCAUUAUCUUAUUUACCAAUACAACGUUCACGUUUUCUUGAAAUAAUUCUUUCGAAAUUACUUCGUCUUGAUGUUCAUGCUUCUCGGCAAGAUAUAAUUCGUGAAGAAAAUUCAAAUAUUGAAGCAGAACUUGUUUUUUCACUUGAACAACUUGAUACAAAUGAUAAUAAUACGAAAGGAAUGAAACUUGAUCAAGCUGAUAAACUUGAUUGUCUUAUGUUUGUUAUGUUUGAAUAUAUAAUAAGUAUAUGUAUUGAAAAUGGAACAGUAAAUUAUGAACCAGCAAAAUCUUUAUUUCGUGAUUUAUUAAGUAUAUUUAACAAAAUUUUAUUACCUACGCAUGAUUCAUCACAUGUACAAUUUCUAAUAUUUUAUAUUUGUAGUUUUCAUACGGAUUUUAGCGAUGAAUUUAUGAAUAAUUGUUGGAAAACAUUUGUAUCACCAUCAGUUUCAAUGACAUUUCGACAAGCAUCGAUUUGUUAUUUAUGUAGUUUAAUAGCUCGAGCGAAAUAUAUAUCCAUUAGAUCUGUAUUAAAUAUCACACAAUUAAUGGUCGAUUGGUUACAUGCUUAUGUUACUACAACAGAGACAACUAGUGGAAAUUCAAAUCCAAAUCGUCAUUUACCAUUUUAUGCCAUUUGUCAAGCAGUUCUUUAUAUAUUUAUUUAUCGACAUCAAGAAAUCGCUCGAUUACCUGAUGGAAUUGAGAUUGUGUUAAAAUGGAGAAUUGGUCGUAUUAUAUCUUCAGAACUAAAUCCACUUAAAUAUAGUUUACCAGCUAUUACACAUCGAUUUGCACAAUUAGCAAGAAAUUAUCAAAUUGUUUUUUGUUAUUCAAUUAUUGAAACAAAUAAUCGUUAUACAUUACCUGAAACAUUUUCACCAAAUGAUUAUCUAAAUGGAAAUUUACCUUCAAAUAUUCUUUAUUCCUAUUUUCCAUUUGAUCCUUAUGUAUUAAAACGAUCAUUAAUAUUUAUUCACUCAAUUUACAAUGAUUAUCGAGAUGAAAAUGAUGAAUCAAAUAUUCCUAAAGAUUCUGAUGAUAAUGACCGUCAAGAAAUUGAUGAUUCUGAUGAUGUUUUAACAUCAAUGAUGAUGAGUACAACACCGGGUAGUUCUGAUUCACUCGAUCAAUUACCAAUAACAACAAUGUCAACAUCAUUAAAAAAUUCUCGAAACCCUCCGUCAAUAUUACCAUUUGGCCGUUCACCUGGCUUUCGAAAUGCAAUAAAUUAA